AGCCGGCGGGACAGAGAGAGCCAGAAAGCUCCAGAAACACGCUGCCCACAAGGAUCACUGACAGCUGCUCCGGAAGAAGCAUUUGCAGCGUUUCCAUGAGGAGGAGGAAAGUUUCACAGUCAAUCUUUGUUUCCUGAUGAAAGAAGAGUCCCUGCAAAACUAGCAUCUUCUACACUUGGACUCUGAGCAGCUCUAGCAGAGCCGCUGGCUGGGACUGUGUAGGUGAUCUGCUCUGGACUUGACACUUUGCCCAAGGACACUACAGCAGAAGACCAGCUGAACCCUGGACCCUCUGGACGUCGUCUGGCGUAUCAAAAACCAUGCUGUACCUAAAGAAAUACUUCACGGAGGGCCUCAUCCAGAUGGCCAUCCUGCUCAGCCUGUGUGGAGUGAGGGUUGACGUGGGACUGGAGCCCUACCUGCCUCCCUCCUGGCACGAGAUGAUCCUGGGUCCGACCUCAGCGCUGACCCAGACGCAGUUCCACAACCUCCGCAACCGCCUGGAGGAUGGCCAUGGCCUGCAUCCCAAGAGCGUGGACCUGGACGGGUUCUUCACAGCACGAAGGCUGCUGGGCUGGGUCCACUCUCUGGACAGACUGCAAGUUCCUCAGCCAGAGCUGGAGACAUGGCUGGUCCAGCGGGAGCCAGAUUCUCUCCCCGUGGGAUUUCCAGACCAGCCAUCCCCGCUGGUGAGAGCACCGACUGGUGCGGAGAGAGACCAGAUCGACCCGUCUGUGGAAUCCAGAGCUGCACUUGGUGCCCUGCAGGAAGAAGAGGAGGAAGAGGAGGAUAAAGAGGAAGGAGCGCAUAAUGUACUUCAUCACAAUGGUGCUCUGGAUGAAAGAGGACAGGAAGAGGAGGAGGAAGACCUGGCCACGAUGCACAGGCAUUACAGGAGGACAGAGGGAGGAGGAAGACCAGCAGAUUCCUAUGGCUGUGCUCACAACAGAGAGCUAACUCAGAAUGAAGUAAAUCAGACUUCUAUCGCCCUCCAGGACUGUCUAAGGCUGUUGGAGGAAACCUUACCUUUCCCAGGAGAACAACAGUUACAUGAUGUUGGUGGUAGAGGGAGAGACUUGGAGCAUCAGCAUCCAGACAGAGAGCCCAUUCUGCCCCCCUUCAUCCCCACCUCGGACCUGGAACUCCACUGGCAGGACCUGUUGGCUAUCAUGGAGCCUGAGAACACAGAUGGUGACAUGAUGACUUCACUUGACCACACGUGGAAUUCAAGAGAAACGAUUCGAGGUCUGAGGUCCGAAGCUCUACAGCAAAACUCUAACAACCUUGGCAAUAAUGUCACAGAAGCUGAUCAGGAAGUUCUUUGGAUGGGAAAUCCCUCGCAGCAUGGUUUGUUGGGGACUCCAAGUCAGUCAGAGCCAGCCCUGUUUCCACUGACCCCCAGUGCAGAGUUGGAUGAUCACACUUCUGCCUUGAACACAAGGGACACUUUGAAAAACUCCAAUGUGAAUUCCUUGCACAGUCCUCCAGAUCAUGCAGAUCUGCUUGCAGAAGAUCCUUCAGAAGACGUCUGCCUGGGAUUGAAUGGAGAAGAUAACUUGAGCACCUUCAAUGUGAAUCCACUAACACAAGAUCUUGAGGAAACCAUGGAUGGCAGUCUGUGUUCACAGUAUGCCCCCUAUCCUGAAAACCUGCCUAGCCUCAAUGUAAACUUUCACUCACAUGACUCGACACCCUCCAGUUUCCCCCUGUCUCCAGAUGGGAACGGUAUGGUCCAAGAUCUUCUGACAUCUCCUUCCAGUGUCUUUCUGGCUGAUGAGGAGGCUGCUCAGGAUGAAGAUGGUCUCCCUAGCCCACUUAGUGACCUCUUAGAGGAUGCUGGCAUUUUGGACGAGAUUGGAUUGUUGGACCUGGCUCUGGAAGAAGGAUUCAGUCCUGAGAUGGCAGCCAGGCUGGAAGAGGAGGGCUACCUUGACUAUGAAAUAGCCCAACAGCAAACUGCCAUAGGUAGUGGCCACGCGGGCUCCAGCAUGGCGGUCACAGAGGAUCAGGGUGAACCAAAAACACAUCAGCAAGAUGGUGAGAAUGAGGCAGACUCAGACUCUGGUCUUUCUCUGGACUUCAGCCACAGCCCUGCUUCUCCAUGCCCUUCCGAGGCCUCCUCCUAUUCCUCUUCCUCAUCCUCUUCAUCGUGUGUGUCGUCUGAGGAAAGUCCCGUCUCUGACGAAGAGGAUGAAGAAGGUUUAGUUGGUUCAGAUAUGGAAGUGGAGGUGACCAUAAAGCAGGAGGAGCUGGAAGAGGAGGAGAUGGGCGCGGUAGGAGGAGGAGGGUACCCAGAAAAUGUUCAGAAACCCUUCCCUCCCCGCUAUGGGAACGACAAGCUGUUUAAUGGCUUUCCUUGGCUGGAGCAUAUCGGUCAUGAUCACACGUACAACCAACCCGGGUCAGCCACCCCCUCUCCAUCCAUGGGCAAGAUGGCCACAAAACAAACCAAAUCCUCUUCGCGACAUGGAAAUGCCAAGCCUUACCAGCGCUCCAUCUCUGAGACCAAAAUGUGGAGCCGGGAUGAACGGCGUGCACGAGCCCUGAAAGUCCCUUUCUCCAAUGAGCUGAUUGUUAAUCUGCCAGUGGAGGAGUUUAAUGACCUACUGGCCAAUUUCCAACUCAAUGAGGAGCAGCUUACCCUCAUUAGGGACAUACGGCGUCGUGGUAAGAACAAGAUAGCUGCGCAGAACUGCAGGAAGAGGAAAAUGGAUGUACUGCUGGAUCUGAGCGACAAUGUGUCAGGUUUGAGGCUCCACCGUUCACGGCUGCUCCGAGAGAAACAGGAAGCCCUGAGGAAGCUGCAGGAAAUGAAGCACCAACUAGGCAUGUUGUACCAGGAUGUCUUUUCCAGGCUGAGGGACGAGGAGGGAAGGCCGCUGGACGCGAUGGAGUACCUGCUUCAUUUUGAGCCUGACGGUAGUGUCACGUUGGCUUCACGCCAACAAGGGCCGGCUUUGCCACCGACAAAAACCAGCAAGAAACAGAGGGACAAGAAGAAGUGAGGAGGUGGACAAGCCAUUAGAAAAUGCAGGGGGAGUAAAAAGCUCCUUAACAGGAGUGUGAUCAAAACCACAAAAAAGCAGGAAAAACUGAUGCGCUGGAACAUAGGAAUUAUAUGGGGUCUCAAUGGAAGGUGCUAAAAUGUAACCAUGAAAUCCUCAAACACCCAAACAGAAACCCCUAGAAGAGGUGAUUAUCUUCAUCAUGAUGGCGAGAAGAAAACCUUCACUCCAGAUGUGUCGUUCUCGAUUCUUCAUUAUAAACGUUUUCUACACUGGAAAAAAAUAUUUGACUUUGACUUCUUGUCGCACUCAAAAACCUCUGAGAUAAAUCUGAGGUACUUCAUAGUGGACUGAAAACAACAGGUGAUGGAUGACCUGGGAAAUGCUAGUUCGAUCACUAUGCACAGGCCUGCUUUCUCCUCCGUCAGCUCCCUUAGAGACUUGACGAUAUUGAGCUGAACAAGCAAACAGGCUGAUAGCAGGCUGGAUCCUGGCCGUCAGCUAAUAUAGCUAAGACGCUACAAUCAAGAGUUGGUGGGGUACAGGAAGGGAAGUUGUGGUCAUGCCCCCUUGAGCUGGCAGAUGUGGUGCAUCUCACUCACAUACACUUUUGGCUUAUGUUUUAAGGUGGUGUGGUCUCUGAGAACAAGGUGGGAUGAUGUGUCAUGAUACAUCAGGACCAUCCAUGUGAUUCAGCUGCAAACACGGAAUAAUGGCGGAAAGAAGAAUAUGAAGCAUUUGUUGGACAGAGUGCUUCGAGUUCUGCACAUUUUCACACCUGUGCACACCUGGCCGCUCACUGAAGAAAACUGGUAUGGCUGAUUGCAGAAAAUCCCACUCUCCCAUGCACUGGCCUCGAGUAUGGGAGGAGUAGAGGGCAAAAUGUACUAACUUUUAAGGCUUCAUGGAUUUGUGAAUGACAGACUGAGCAGACUGAAUAAACUGGCAGCUGUCUGCUGUGGAUAUGACUGAGGAAUGACUCUUUUUAACCUGAAGCGGGUAAGCCCCUGUGUUGUUUUGUUUUGUUUUGUUUUUCUUGUGAACCGAAAGCCUGAUAUCAGUGGUUUUUAGCGUGCCUUUAACAGAUAUGUUUUUGAGUUGUAUGUAUUUUCAACACACCUAUCACACCACGUUGAAGCUGUGGAAAUCGUAUGUCUAUUUCAAACAAGAUGCCGGGAAUAUGUGUUCUGAGUGUAGCUCAAGGCCCCACACAUGACAGGACUGGAGCUGUUAUCAAUCACGGCAGAUAUUUAAUACAACUGAGGGAAGUUGUUAAGAUGUAAAUCUUCUCAAGAUUGACAGGUCAAUCUUAUAUUUCCAACGCCCAAAAUACACAUGAAUGUGCCUUUAAUAUUUAAUAAUUUGUACAUUAGUAAUGACAGCUUUGACCUUUCCCCAAACUCAAGGCUGAUUUGUGAAUUGUUUGAAUUUAAAAUGUCUCAUCACAAUCCCUGUGGAGUCUUGCUCAGCUAUUAUUACAAUGAAUGGCAGCAGUUUGACCUCUCAAUGCUAAGAAUUACAUCAUUUACAAAUUUGACCUAAAUCCACAGUAUUCUAGACUGUAGUAGAGAAAGUCUUCUGUUCAAAACUCGCUUUUAGUAUUAAUCAUGGAACUAAUAAAUAAUGAGUGUUAUUGGCAGUAAAUUCAGAUCAAUUCUCAGGAAUGAACACAGCCAGAAGAACAUGCUGCAGGUCUGUUUCCACUCGUGUAGUUAGUUCUCUGACAGACACAUUUUGUAUGAAGGUAUGAGCAUUUGUGACGUUGCUUGAUUCUUUUUGGGCAAGAAACUGUCAGAUGUUUAGUGUUUCACACAGUAAAAUCAAACUACUGGAUAUGCACACAAAUGCAGCCGAAUGAAAUGGUCACCACCAAAAACCCGUCUGUCCUUCAAGCUCAUGAAGACCACGUUUGAACUUUUCACCAUGCCAUAACCUGCGUGCCUCUCACUACCACUGAUGGAACAAGCGUUUAUUAGCUGUUGUUGUGUGUUUUACAUUUUGUGAAAGUCCACUGUGCUUGCUGGUAUUCAAGGACGUGGAACUUCUGUAAUAUUAAGAAAACAACAAUAAAAUAAAUG